AUGGAGAUCAGAGAAAGUGCAACGUUGACCAGAGAUGUACUUGAGCAACACUUUAAUGAUUUGAAAGGGACCCUAAAGAAGCUGUUGGAUGAACGACUAACGUCACUACUGCAGGAAGUGGAUGCUAUAGAACAAGAGAGCAUCAAACCCUUGGACGAAUGCCAGAAGCUAAUAGAACACGGAGUCAGUACGGCCAAUGAUCUGCUCCGGGAAGGAGAGAGUGCAGUCGAUGGAGAUGUGGGACAACAGAAUGAGAAACUUUGCAGCUUUACAAAAAAAGCUUUACAUAUUCAGCUAGAUAGCUUACCAGAAGUGCCCUCCUUGGUUGACGUGCCUUGUUUAUCUGCCCAGUUGGAUGACUGCCUUCUUACUAUAUUGAAAAAUCAGAUAUUCAGACAUGGAACUGUGGCAUCUCGCCCACCUGUGCAGCUAGAGGAAUUCGUUGAGAAGCCUGGAGGUAUUUUAGUCCGGUGGUGUAAGGUGGAUGAUGACUUCAUACCACAAGAUUACAGACUGCAAUAUCGUAAGAGCACUGCCAGUCACUUUGAAGAUGUAUAUGUCGGCUCGGAGACAGAGUUCAUCGUGCUGCAUAUCGAUCCUAACGUUGAUUACCAGUUCAGAGUCUGUGCCCGAGGAGAUGGACGACAAGAAUGGAGUCCAUGGAGCAUUCCUCAGAUCGGCCAUACCACGCUGGUUCCCCAUGAAUGGACAGCUGGUUUGGAGGGUUACAGCUUGAGCAGUCGAAGAAACAUAGCACUUCGAAACGAUUCUCAGUCAUGUGGUGUGCUCUACUCCAAAGCUCCUACUUAUUUCUGUGGGCAAACAUUAACUUUCAGAAUUGAAACCGUGGGACAGCCAGACAGACGAGACAGCCUCGGAGUGUGUGUGGAGCAGCAGAACGGUUAUGAUUCUUUGCAGCGGGACAAAGCUGUGUGCAUUAGCACAAACGGGGCAGUAUUUGUAAAUGGAAAAGAGAUGACAAACCAACUGCCUGCUGUUACUUCUGGAUCAACUGUGACAUUUGACAUGGAAGUUGUGCAGUUAGGGCCUUCCAGCAACGAGGGAGGAAACUUCAAGCUUAGAGUAACCAUUAGCUCAAACAACAGAGAAGUGGUCUUUGACUGGGUACUUGAUCAAUGCUGUGUCUCUUUGUAUUUUGGAUGUUCAUUUUCAUACCCAGGCUGGAAAGUUUUGGUGUUUUAGCAGUGAGUGAAGGGAUUUUUUUGUUCUUGCUAUAAAGUGUAAUGUUAAAACCUGGGUUU